AUGAAGAACAAUACUGCCUUUCUCAAGCUAAAAGGAUGGCCAAAAAUCCACCACCCGCUUCCACAGACUCCCAGAGAGUCCCAGCAGCUAUUAUCUGCUUUGACAUCGUCGUUCCGUCGGCAACUCGAUGCCGCAGACACCAACAAGCCAGCACAGUCUGCGAGUGAGCACUUGGAUGCCAUUCUGGAAAACCCGCUGUUCCGCGUCGUCCCAUCCAAACCGGCAUACCCUACAAUAGAAUCUCACCAGAACAGACCAGAGACAGAAGAAACAUUCUCAAUAGUGAAGGACCCCAUGAGACUGCUCGAUGACAAUGUGGCUGCUGGUACCCUCACUGGCCGGAUACUCAAAGAGGUAUUGCGGUCGCAGUUGUCAUUGAUUCACAACGCCUCAACGGAUCCAGAACGAGCUCUGCAGAAUACUGGUGCAGGAGCACGAGUCGCCAAGUGGUUCUGGGCUUCGGAUUCAACAUCACGCAAAUCGUUCUUCAAAAUCCCGGGUGCAACCAAACAUGCCAUCAUUUUCAUGGUAGCAGAAGGCCUUCAUGAUGAGCUCAGGGCAUUUUUACGUCUACUGUACAGAUCUGACUUGGGUGGCACUGACGGGAAGAUUCCUAAGCGGAUUGCAGACAAAAUCUUCGCUACAUUCUUGAACAACUACGUUGCGGCUGAAAUCACACAUGGGCGAGGCAUGGCUAGUGCCAUGGAAAUAUUUGCGGAGGUUGCAGACUCCAUUGCUCAUUCCGAAGAUCUCCAGUCUACGAACUUCAAAGAAUCGUUGCUCAAGCCAACGGUUUUCCAUUUUGGUCGCUUCAUGACUCGGGACAUGAAUGCUGGGGUGUUUAAAGAUGUCCCCGCCUCAGUGUUUGACAGGUAUUGUAACAUAUUAGAGGCCCUACCUGGUCUUCGACCUUAUGGCCUUGCCAUGCGCAUAUACCAUCCUGUACAACAGGAUGCUCGACCUUUUAUGGAAUAUGUGCGGGAGUUGCGGAAGUCAAAAUCUCCACCACGAACGGAGAUGGGACAGGAUGUUCUGCUUCAAACGAGCCUCAACGGAUUGCGCCUUCUUAUAGACCAGAAGGAUUACCGGGAUGCCGCGAAAUACUCUCAGCAUGUCAAGAAUAUGCUGUUUGAAGAGCGAGUUACGGACCGUCACAACGACAGCUACUCUCCUCAACUAAAUCAGCUUAUGGAUCAAUUGAGUCUGGGUCAAAACGCGCUGUCUUUUCGGUGGGAGCCUGUACCAUGA